UCUCCCCUCACUCUAUAAGAACAGCUGCACCAACAUCCAAGUUUCUCUGACUGCAGCCAUGAAUGUGUCGGGUCCUCUGCUGCUGCUGCUGCUCACCGCAGCCUGUAUGGUCAGCGGUGGGAUGCUGCCAAGAGCCUUAUGGCAGUUUGGGAGCAUGAUCCAGUGCGCUCAGCCCGGCGUUAACCCCUUUGUGUACAACGACUAUGGCUGCUGGUGUGGCUUCGGGGGGAGGGGAACUCCUCUGGACGACGUGGACGUGUGCUGUAAAGUUCAUGACAACUGCUACAAAGCGAGCAGACUGACUCCUGGAUGCACGGCUAUCGCCGACCUCCCUUACGUUCUCGUUUACGAUCACACCUGCUCCAACCAGCAGGUCACCUGCUCAGCGACCAACAACCAGUGCCAGGCUGCUGUGUGCGAGUGUGACCGGGUGGCGGCUCACUGCUUCGCUCAGAACCAGUACAACCCCGACAACAAGAACGUGGAUAAGAAAGUCCAGUGUGUCAACUGAGUUCACCAACAAACCACAACACAACACAGCACAACACAACACAACACACACCAGAUUCCUUUUCAGAGUUUAAUCUCUUGAUGAUUUGUGAAUCAAUCCUGAUCUGCAGAAGUUCGACUUUGUAAAGAAAUAAAUGCUUCAUUAAAAUAAAAACUAGAUGUCAGACUUUCUCA